AUGUCAACGAAUGACCUCAAACCCCACGUCGAGUUUCUGGAGGAAGUUGGCACUAAGAAAACAAAACAAGAUGUGUUGAUUGACAACAGGGGAGCGGUGCAGCGCUUACCUGUACCCAGUGAUGAUCCUAAUGACCCGCUCAACUUCAAGAGAUGGGAGAAGUUCGGCAUCGUAUUCAGUUGCUGCUGGUUUUCCGUUAUGUCCUUGUCAGUGGUUGGAGGACUUGGAGCUAUUCUCGGUAUUUUCAUUGAGCUUUACGGUCUUCGGGGUGUCACGCCGACGCAGGUCGUUUGGCUGGGGACAUUUCCUUCGCUCUUCGUUGGAGUUGGAAAUUACCUACUACUCCCACUGGGCUUAGUGUAUGGCCGACGAGCAGCAACAAUCAUAUCAAUUAUUGUUUUGCUUGGAUCCACAAUCGGAUGUGCAUUGUCAAACACAUUUGAGCAACAUCUCGGUCUACGCAUACUCCAAGGUCUGGCCACAGGUGCUACUGAAUCGUUACUUCCUCUCAUGUUAUCCGAGGUGACAUUUGUACAUCAACGCGGGCUGGUAUUCGGCGUAUAUUGGGCGACACAAAAUGUCGUCACCAGUUGCUUGAACUUGGCCAGCUCUUAUGAAGCCGCUUCAUUGGGCUGGCGCUGGUUUUAUUGGGUAUACGUGAUUGCCAUUGGAGUAGGCUUGGUCAUUGUGCUCUUUGGAUGUUUUGAGACUAGGUACAAACGGCGCAUGCAAGUAUUGAAUGACCAGAUCAUAAUCACCGAUGACUUUGGGGUCACUCAUGUUCUCACUGGUGCAGAGGCUCAGGCUUUUAUGCAAAUGCAAAUCCCCGAGGAAAUCACGAUUGCGGAUGGCAAUACAAAAAAGAAGACUUAUGUGCAGAUGCUAAGUCCAGUCGGAAAAUCAACAAAGAAUCCAACACGGACAGUGCUUAUGGCGUGGUUCCACAUGCUUGAAGCAUUCUCAUCACCGGGAAUUCUUUAUGCCACCCUUGUAUCAUCGGUCGUUCUGGGAUCUUCGGUAGGAAUGUCACUGACCUAUGACACCGUGCUUCAGGGCUAUGGCUGGCCUGCUAAAAAUGUCGGUCUUAUCAACCUCGGUGGUGUGUUUGGUGGAUUCGGUGGCAUGCUAUAUGCUGGAGUCUUCGGAGAUUGGUUUAUCUUGCAAAUGGCAAAACGUUCUGGUGGCUUACAUAUCCCCGAGCGCCGUUUACUCCUGCUGAUCUUCCCGGGUAUACUUGCCGUGGUCUCCCUGUUGCUCUACGGAUUCACAGCGGACAACAACACAAGUUGGGGAGGGCCAUACAUGGGAUGGACCCUUCUUCAAGUCUCCUUUGUUUCUGUCUUGAUUUUGUCCACAUCAUUUGCUGCAGAAGCAUGGGAAAGAAACCCCGGGCCAGCCUUGGUGGCUGUCGUGGGAACCAAGAACAUCAUUGCAUUUGGUGUCAGCUAUGGGUUGACUCCCAUGGUAACCAAGUACAGUUAUUCAACUGCAAUGGGUAUCUUGGCUGGAGUUACCGGGGCAAUAUUUCUACUUGGUGUUCCUGUUUACUUCUUGAAUCCGGCUGUGAGUUCCUCUUCACUCGUUUUGAAAUCGUCUUGA